AUGGAAAUGGACUCCGAAAACACUGGGGGUGGAUACUUCGCUCAACAUAUGGCAAUACAAGAACAAAAGAUAAAUGCUUUAAGCCAACAGAUAAACUUUUUAGUUCAGGCUCAAGAAAAAACGGAAGAAAGAAAUAGCCGAAUGGAAAUUGACGAAGACUAUAUUCCAGAAAAACCUCUGGACAUUAUAGCUUUGGUACAUGAAAAAUAUGGGUCUCUAGCAGAUUCCUAUUUAAAUAUGAUUCAUCCACUUAAUCCUGGAAUAUUUGAACCAUCCGAGCAAUCCGUAGCAGUUUUUGGGAAAAAUCUGCAAAGUAUUUUCGGUUACUUACCUAAAGUAUUUCCAUCUGAUCGCGAGAAAAUUACGUUUUUAUAUUCCAAAUCCCCAGAAAAUUAUCAAAGACAGAUACGAGAAUUGGUAAAAAUCCCAGGACCUCAGAGGACCUUUAAGACGGUUUUUGAACAGACGUUCCUAAAUGAGAGAGAAAAAUCUUGGUUUCAUCCCAUUCCUAAAUAUUUAGCAAAAGGAGCUCGUGGUGAGUUAGAUGUUGAUGAAACUCACAAAUGGCUCGACGAUUUGGACAUGGAUACAAUCAAGAAAGUUGUUGUAUUCACGUUUCAUUCAAAUUAUUUUAGAAACGAACUUCUCAAACAUAAUUAUGAGCAUGGAAACCACGCUGCAGCUGUAACAACAGUAAAUAAUCAGGUUCGAUAUAACAAGGUUCAAAGAUCAGAGAAAAGUUUCCGUCCAAAAUUCCGACCUUCAAAAUUUACUCCUAAGAAAAACGGAGACAACCAUGCUGAUAAGCCGAAACCAAAGCAAAAGUCUAAUGAAUGACUAGACGAAAGGAGUAAGUCUAGAAGAGACGAAGUCGUCUCUAUAAACAAGAUAAGCGUGGAAGAUUUUCCAAAACGCAG